AUGUCCAGCACACCUUCAAAGCCGCAGGAGGGCUGCGCUUCGACGAGAUGCCAAAAGGAGUGCUCGCCACUCCUGGCCUCCUCAUCUGUGAGACCUGUCGUCAUCCGUUCGGAUGACGAUCCCCCGCCUCCCCCCAAAAAACUGCCCAGCUUUGUCGCACACGGCUCGCAUUGGACCUUUUACGACACAAUCAACGUUGGCGUGGCUGCCGACGACGACUAUGUCGCCUAUAUCAGCACCGCCAAAGGAGAUCAGUCCGACGCUUCGCCCGACGCAGGCAACAGAGUUGGCGGGGCGAUCGCAGAUACCGCCGCGCAGCUCAUCAUACCGGACAAAGACACGACAGAUGUCGUCAUCCAGACGCCAUGCCACCUUCAUCACCUCCUGGGACACGCCGAGGCCAUCGCUGGCACCGGCCAUCAUUGCACGCUCUGGCUGUGUCUUGGCACCGGGUCCUUCGAGCUGUUCUUUGAGGACGAGUAUCGCGGAAAGGCGCCAGAGCAACUUGGUAGGCAGCCCGAGUUUGUCACCAUAUCGAUCUCCUUCCUCUCCGAGGGCCGCUUUCACGAAGUGACGUUAUGCGCAAGCGGAUCUUCGACAUACAAGAGCUUCAAGAACAAGGGGAAGACCGUUCCGGUCAAACUGCGGUGGAAGUUUGACAGCAUUGACUCGACGCUGCAGCGGCUGCUCCAUGAGGCCUCCAAGAAGAACAUCAUCGCGCACCUUGCCGUGACCGGUCACUCGAGCAUGCCCUUCACGGAACGACAAAUUGCCUUGCAUCCUGGUGCUCCGAGCACCGACAAGCUUCUGAUGACUGUCAGCAAGCUCAUGACGGCAGACGAAGCGUCGCUCGUCAGGCUAAAGGCGAUGCAGGACAACCCUUUGGAUGAGACCCUUGUCGCCAGCAAGAGCCUUUUGUCGCAGCGUUGCGACUACUUUCGAGCCAUGUUUCAAUCUCAGUUCAGCGAGGCCCGCACGCUGUCGCAGAGCCAGAACGCGUCCAUUCAGCCAGCGAAGGUGUCCGUUGAGGCCAGGUCGACCGGUCAUGAAGCCAAGGAGGCCGUAAUCCUGGAUCAGCAUGAAGGGACGAGCCUGCAACAGGAAGAUGCUUCGUGCCCACCGCUUUCGAGGGAAGAGGCGUCAACUCGCCACAGCCCUUGCGAUAACCCCGCAGAUGGAGAUUCCGCCUCGCGAGGGGCGCCGUCUUUCGAGACCGCUGUCGAAAGCGCCGCCGACGGCGCCACCGCAGAAGCACAGCGAGCGGGUCAAGGGGAUCCGGUCCAUGUCCCGCAAAAGCGUCGGCGCGCCUCAGUGGGCGAGCGGGACGGCGACGAAGCCGGAUCUGCCUCGUCAGCAGUUCCGGGUCGCAAUUCUCCUCUUCCACAGCCUGUCAUUGAACUAUUCGAUGUCGACCCCGUCACGUUGCAGGCGUUGGUAUUCUAUCUGUAUACAGGUACUUGCAUGUUCAGGUCACAGAAGCACGGCCAGGUGGUCUUGAAGCAGGCGCGAGCCUAUUGGGAAGGCAUCAAGCUCUCCAAAUCUCCCUGGAGCGACGGCAUGCGGCUCUGCGACGCCGAGAAAAUGUACCAGGCGGCGGACAUGUACGGUCAGAAAGGCCUUCAGAUCCUCGCAAAGCAUCACGUCAUUUCCGAGCUCGAGGUCUCGACGGCCUUCAAGGGGCUCUUCGCAAACAAGCUCGCACAGCUGUACGACGAGAUGCGCCAGGCCUACAUCGACUUCUGCGUCGAGCACUUCAGCGAAAUCUCGAAGCUCGACUCGUACCAUGAGACGAUGGCCGAGAUCUUCUCGGGAACCUACCCGCCGAGCGCAGCCAAGUCUCUGCAGGCGAUCAUCACUCGGGUCACUACCAAUCCGACGUAG